AUGCCAAUUCCUCACAUUAAGAAGCUUCUGCAGGGCCUGACGACAUUUAUUCAGAUCCCAGACCACUAUGGCCAAGACCACAGUGAGCGUGGGGCUAGCCAGCAUGAGGAGCUGGAUCAGUCUCGUGCUGACGGUAACACGGCUGGCACCGAUCACGGAGGAUAUGGUGAUUAUGGCUCCUACGUUCAUAAUGGAUGGAGAAGUUAUGCCAAAGGAAAAGAGCACGUAUCGUACUACGAAAACGAUAACGACGACGGACGACAUGGUGAAGUGACUCAAGAUUGUGGACACAACUGUUACGGUGACGAUCAAGGUCAAGAACACCACGGCUACGGUAAAGAGUUCGCCAGGCACGAUUUCGAGGAAAACGGCCACGGAUCUCAUUACCAUCAUGACUUCGACCCCCACCACAACUAUGGUGAGGCAUCUGAACGUUGGUUUUGA